ACCCCACAGCACCGGAACCAUGUGCAGCCUCAGUGCGCUGGGCAUCUACCUAUGGGAGACCCUGGUAUUCUUCAGCCUUGCUGCUUCCAAAGAAGUGGGGGCUUCCGUCCGUUCCAGUCCCAAGCUCAUGUCACCCUCCGAUUUCUUAGACAAGCUGAUGGGGAAGAUUUCCGGAUAUGAUGCUCGAAUUCGCCCUAACUUCAAAGGUCCUCCAGUAAACGUCAGCUGCAACAUCUUCAUCAACAGCUUUGGCUCUAUUGCAGAAACCACUAUGGAUUACAGGCUGAAUAUUUUCCUGCGUCAGCAAUGGAAUGACCCCCGCCUGGCUUUUCAUGAAUUUCCUGAUGACUCCCUAGAUUUGGAUCCCUCUAUGUUGGACUCCAUCUGGAAGCCUGAUCUGUUCUUUGCCAAUGAGAAAGGGGCAAAUUUUCAUGAAAUCACUACUGACAACAAGUUGCUAAGGAUCUUCAAAAACGGCAAUGUUCUGUACAGCAUUCGGUUGACUCUAACCUUGGCGUGUCCCAUGGAUCUGAAAAAUUUUCCGAUGGAUGUUCAAACUUGCAUCAUGCAGCUGGAAAGCUUUGGUUAUACAAUGAAUGAUCUGAUCUUCGAGUGGGAAGAAGUGGGUGCUGUACAGGUGGCAGACGGCCUCACCCUGCCGCAGUUUAUCAUGAAGGAGGAAAAGGAUCUGCGGUACUGCACCAAACACUAUAGCACUGGCAAAUUCACUUGCAUUGAAGCUCGCUUCCACUUGGAGAGACAGAUGGGUUACUAUCUCAUUCAGAUGUACAUUCCCAGCCUGCUAAUUGUCAUUCUCUCUUGGGUGUCUUUCUGGAUUAACAUGGAUGCUGCACCUGCCAGAGUUGGCCUUGGCAUCACCACUGUGCUGACCAUGACCACUCAGAGCUCUGGAUCUCGAGCAUCUCUUCCUAAGGUAUCCUAUGUGAAAGCUAUCGAUAUCUGGAUGGCGGUGUGCUUGCUCUUUGUCUUUUCUGCUCUGCUGGAGUAUGCUGCUGUCAACUUUGUCUCACGACAGCACAAGGAGCUUCUACGUUUUAGGAGGAGACGACGACACCACAAGGCGGAUGACACCGGUGAAGGGCGCUUCAGCUUUGCCGCCUAUGGAAUGGGCCCUGCAUGUCUCCAGGCCAAAGAUGGGAUCACCGUAAAGGGGAACAACAACAACAACCCCACCAGCAAUGCACCCCCUGCCGAAAGAUCUGCAGACGAGAUGCGCAAGCUCUUUAUCAGCCGGGCCAAAUAUAUCGACAAGGUGUCCAGGAUCGGCUUUCCUUUGGUUUUUCUUUUAUUCAACAUUUUCUACUGGAUCAUCUACAAGAUUGUGCGUAGUGAGGAUGUUCACAAGCAGUGAAGGGGAAGCAGGC